GCGGCGCCGGGAGUCCCGAGGAGGGAGGGGAAGGCUGAAGGUGCUGAGCUACCGCCCCCCCGACCUCGCCUCUCUCCGCGGUGCUUGCAUUCCGCCAAGUGCGGAGCUGGCUGCGGCUGGCCGGCGGCUCCGGGCGCGGCCGAGGCUGAGGCGGGUGCUUGCCGGUGGGUUUCCUCUCAGACUGCGCCCCGGCAGGCUGCUCGCUGGGUGCUGUAAGGAAAUGCGUUCCUGGGACGACCUCUCUCCGUUCCCAAUGCUUCUUCCCUCCUGGUUACCGGGCGUUGCGGCCGGCAUUGCCUCCUUGCAUCUCAUCCAGAAACUUCUCUUCCCCUACUUCUGGGCUGAUCUGAGAUAUUUGCUGAAGGUGCUGCUUUAUGGGCUGAGAGUGGAGAGCUACAGGCAGAGAGGGAAGGUUGUCACCGUGCUGGACAAGUUUGUGAAGCUGGCUGAGAAGCAGCCCCGCAAAGCAUUCCUCAUCUAUGAUGGGAAGGUGCUCUCGUACCGGGACGUGGACAGGCGCAGUAACAGGGUAGCGCAGGUUUUCCUUCACCACGGCACUCUGAAGAAGGGUGACACGGUGGCCCUGCUGAUGGGCAACGAGCCCGACUUCAUCCAUGUGUGGUUUGGACUGGCCAAGCUCGGAUGCGUGGUGGCUUUCCUCAACUUCAAUGUCCGCUCCAGGUCUCUCCUGCACUGUCUCACUAGCUGUGAACCCAAGAUAUUGAUUGUGGGAGCAGACUUGCUUGGAACUUUAGAAGAAAUUCUUCCUAACCUCCCGAAAGACAUCAGUGUUUGGGUAAUGUCCAAGGAUUCCACUUUUCCAAGUGUGCAUAGCCUUUUAGGCAAAAUGGAGGCUGCAUCUGAAGACCCUGUUCCAGUUAGUCGACGCUCUGUCAGUAACCUCAGAUCUACCGUUUUAUAUAUAUUUACUUCAGGAACAACAGGUCUUCCAAAGGCCGCAGUCAUCAGUCACAUGCAAGUUCUUAAAGGAGCUGCUGGACUCUGGGCUUUUGGUGCUACUGCAGAAGACAUAAUUUAUAUUACUCUGCCUCUUUAUCACAGUGCAGCAUCUCUUCUUGGUAUUGGUGGAUGCAUUGAAUUAGGAGCAACGUGUGUCUUAAGAAAGAAGUUUUCAGCUAGUCAGUUCUGGAGUGACUGCAAAAAGUACAAUGUGACUGUCAUCCAGUACAUUGGAGAACUUUGCCGCUACCUUUGCAGCCAACCGGUGAAAGAUGGAGAGAAAAAUCACAAAGUCAGACUAGCAGUUGGAAAUGGAGUAAGAAAUGAUGUAUGGAGAGAAUUCUUAGACAGAUUUGGUGCUAUUAAGAUCUGUGAGUUUUAUGGCGCCACUGAAGGAAACAUUUGUUUCAUGAACCACACAGGAAAAAUUGGAUCUGUUGGACGCACCAAUUUCUUUUAUAAGCUUUUUUUUCCAUUUGAUUUAAUCAAGUAUGAUUUCCAGAAAGAUGAACCAAUUAGAAAUAAGCAUGGUUGGUGUGAGAAAGUUAAGAGAGGUGAGGCUGGUCUUCUCAUUUCCCAAGUGAAUGCAAAGAACCCCUUCUUUGGCUAUGCUGGCAAUAAGAGACACACAGAAAAGAAGUUACUCAGUGAGGUAUUUAAGAAGGGUGAUCUUUAUUUUAAUACUGGAGACCUAAUGGUUCAAGAUCAUGAAAAUUUCCUGUAUUUUUGGGACAGGAUUGGAGAUACCUUCAGAUGGAAAGGAGAGAAUGUUGCAACAACGGAAGUUUCUGAUGUCAUUGUUAUGAUGGAUUUCAUACAAGAAGCAAAUGUGUAUGGCGUAUCAGUACCAGGCCAUGAAGGAAGAGCUGGAAUGGCCUCUCUUAUUUUAAAGCAGAAUAAAGCAAUCAACCUGGAGCAAUUGUAUAAACAAGUCGUGACAUAUCUCCCAGGUUAUGCCUGUCCUCUUUUUCUAAGAGUCCAGGAAACAAUGGAAAUGACUGGAACUUUCAAACAACAAAAAUUUAGAUUAGUGGAUGAAGGUUUUAAUCCAUCUACCAUUACGGAUCCUCUUUAUUUUUUAGAUAAUUCCAAGCAAACAUAUAUCUUGUUAACCAAAGAAGUAUACGAGAGAAUCUUAUCUGGUCAAAUCAAACUUUAAUUAACCUAAUGAAAAGCUAUUAAGGGACAGUUUCUAUGAGCUACUAUGUGAAAAGCAGUAAAAAUUAUUACCAAUAUUGAUAUGUUAUCUAGAUUAAUAUUUCAUGUAGUUCAUAUUUUCUUUCAAACGUGUAUUGUACCUUUCCUCACUUACCUUAGUUCACUAGUAAUUUACUACCACUUGAGAUCAAAUACAAGUAAAGAACCUGUAAAACAAAAAUGAAAUUUUAAUUUUAGGACAUAAGUGCUGAAUCUGAUAGCUUUUCUUAGAACUAAAGGAACAUGUAUGAUACAAAGUAAAAAAGAUCAAACAUAACAAAAGUGUAGUGACAGAAGCUGCUAUUAAUUCUAUGCAGACAAACUAUGCCAGCAACAUAUUUUUAAAUGUAUCUAAUAUAUACUUUCAAAUAUUUGCUUUAGAAAAUAUAGACUUGGAAGUGGUUAGAAGAAAAAUCUUACAUGGAGGAGUUUUAUAAUGGAACAUAAAACAAAAGGGGAUGAAACAGAAGAAAACCCUCCAAACAAAGCUGAAAUUAAAGAAUUUAUACAAAGAUCACUACUGAGCCUGCUAGUCCAUACUCUUUCAUGUGUUGAACUGACUCUUUAGAGAAUCAAAGUAUGAGGACAGACCAAACUGUUGUGAAACGUUUGGCAACAGAUUAAAAGUAGACAGUGUCCACACUUAAUGGGAAAAAAAAAAAUCAGUCAUGUAGGAUUGUAUAAUCAACAAGUAUACAGGUGUAUAAUCAAUAACUAUACAGGCAAGUUAGGCUGGAAAGAUUAUCGCGUAAGAGCAGGAUAACCAGAAAUGGAUGGAAAGUUUGCCCACAUCCUGGGCUUGCAGAAAAAGACUCCAGGAGGAACAAUCUCCAGAAAGAGAUCCUUCCUUAGUGGCAGUCAGCUCUUAAAUGAGGUCUUAAAUGAGGGGCUCCACCCCUUGUGCUCACACUGGAUUGCCUUCACCCGUGCUCCCGCAGCCGCAGCUGACUCAUUGCUUGUCUCAGGAGAUCAAUCAGAGGUUCAGGCCAUGACUCAACAGUUCCCAUACAAGCAUGAGAAGAAUGAUUUGUGUUCUAUGUUACACAUAUUGACUAACAGUAUAAAAAUAUAAAAAUAGCCUCUUUACCCUUACUAGUGUCUGCCAGAGAUUAUUAUUUCCUGGGUCUAAAAUAUUGCAGAUUAAAAACGAAUUCUUAAUCAUAUAUUCUCAUGCCCUUCUUUACAAAAUUAAAAAAAAAGAUUAUUUAAACAAAUUUUGCAUCGUCUGUUUAAGACUGAUUACUUAUGUACUUGUUAAUAGUAUGCUUUAAAUACUUUUUAAUAGUUUAUUUUAAUACCAUGGUUCAGUGCACUCUUCAAAUAAUAAAAAUAAUGGGACAGUGUUAUCCUGUAAUGGAUUGUGGCCAUUACAAAAGCUUCUGCCAAAUGCUUUUCGCAGUGCUUAAGAGUUAAAUCACAUGCUCAAUUUUGAUACUAGAUUUACGAGUUUGACUUAUUUUGCUUUACAAAAUCUGGUACUGUUUAAGACUAAUGUAGAUGUUCUACCAUUGAGAAUGAGAAUAAAAGAAAUGUCAAAAAGGCAAGCAGAAAUGUAAAUAAUUUUCCACAUUGCUCUCCCUCUCCCCUUCCUCCCCCUACCAGGAAAAAAAAAAAAGGUUUGGGAAUAUCACCAUUUGGUGACUUACUUGUUAAAGUACAUAGGAUGAAGAAGACUGUUUCUGAAUGGGAAUGUUAGGGCACAAAGAGCAUUACAAGAGGGAAAACAUUUUCAGACUGUCAACUACGAAGAAUGCUGGCUGAUGUUUCUGUGCUGAGAUAUGUUGCAGCAGCAGCAGGACUCUUCUGACACAGCAAGCUUGAAUAGCCCACAAGUGUUGGUUUCCUAACUCCAACCACUAGGGAUAUACUGAAUUCCAUCAGCUCCUCGCUACUCCUUAGAGUAUCCAUGAGAGCCUGCCUGUUUUCAAGGACAUGCAAAAGAGUCUUUCUGUCCCAUAUGCUAUCUCCGAGAGAGAGGAUGGCUAUAGUAUCAAGAAUUAAAAACAGGAAAAGCAACAGGGACUGUGUAAAAAUAGCAUAUUGUUUGCCAUACAGUAGUUUUCUUUCUUUUAGCAAGUAGAUUGGAUACCAGCACAUGCACUGGAGCAUGUUACAACAAAAUGUGCUAUUUACCAAUUACUGAAGUGGCACUGGAGUUAGGCUGAAUAAUAGUAAUGUUUAUGUAAAAUACUGGGAAGGCUCUUCCUUUCAGAAUGAGAAAGUUGAAAUAUUUUGACCAACUUGUUCAUUUCCUGUCCUCGUGCUCAGGUCAACAUGUGGAAUUGACUGAGGGCUUGAGUCUCGCUGCAAAACUAUGCAUAACUUUUUUCCUGGGAAGUUUGAUAUCUUGUGCUGGCGUUAAAGCAACUACUGGAUGAUUGAGUGUGGGUGGGCAGCUGCAGUGCUGGCCUCAUAUUAAAAAAAGAAAAGAAGGAGAUGAAAAUAAACACAAGUAAUUAUUUCUAAGCUUUGAAGUAAUGUAUCUUGAAGUUUACUUUUGCAAGUGGGGAUGAUGUUCAAUGGUAAAAGAACCUUAUUUUAAAAAUUAAAAACCUGAAAUUAGAAUUGCCAUAUAAGGAAUGUAAAAUUUUAUGAGAGUCAACACAUACCCAGUCUCUUGUC